GUCUCCAAUCUCACACAGCAAAGCAAAGCAAGAGUGUAAAGUGUUGUAAGAGUGAGGAAGUUGUAACGACAGAGUGAAAUGGCUUCGAAGGGUGCUCUUCUCUUGUGUCUGAACAUCUUGUUUUUCAGUGUGGUUAGCUCCACAUACGUGCCAUGCAACCCACCCCCAAAAGCUCCCAAAAAGCCACCACACACGCCUGUGCCAAAGCCACCUUCCACAAAGUAUGGGAGUUGCCCAGAAGACACCCUUAAGUUCGGUGUGUGCGCUGAUGUGUUGGGUUUGAUCGGCGUGCAGCUUGGGAAGCCACCAAAGACCCCAUGCUGCAACCUCAUCCGGGGCCUUGCUGAUCUUGAAGCUGCCGUCUGCCUUUGCACUGCUCUCAAAGCUAACGUCUUGGGCAUCAACCUCAAUGUCCCCGUCAAGUUGAACUUGCUUCUCAACUACUGUGGAAAGAAAACUCCUAAGGAUUUCCUCUGCAAUUAAACAAGCACUUCUCAUAACCACUUUCACACACUUAAUAAUCACCAUCUCCUAAGCUUCUCUAUUUUCCUAUAUUCCUUAUUCAUAACUAUUCUGUGUACUUAGUGUUCCCCCUGGUGCUUGCCAUUUACCCAACGAACAUUUCGUUCGUACUACUGGUUUUGGCUAUUAUUAUCAUUGUCAUGGUUUAAAAAGACUCCCUGGGUCUUUCUUGUUAGCUUCUAUAGUCCUUUGUAUUCCAAGUGGUUUUUACCAAUAAAAGUUCUACAUUUAAGCUUAUAA